UGGUGACGCAUGCGCAGAGGGACCCAGCCGCCGCGGAUAUAUCAACCGGAACCCAGGCUCUUCCUGGUAGAUGCCGCUGGGCCGUUGUUGCGCGAGGUGUUCGGAGGUGUUCGCAGCUGCUCGCGUCACUCGGAUCCUGGACGAGCCGAGCUCGCUCGCGGGCCAGUCAGCAUGUCGCGCUACGGGCGGUACCGAGAAGAAACUAAGGUGUAUGUUGGUAACCUGGCAACAGGUGCUGGCAAAGGAGAGUUAGAAAGGGCUUUCAGUUACUAUGGCCCCUUAAGAACUGUGUGGAUUGCAAGAAAUCCUCCUGGAUUUGCCUUUGUGGGAUUUGAAGACCCUAGAGAUGCAGAAGAUGCAGUUCGAGGCCUGGAUGGCAAGGUGAUUUGUGAUUCCCGAGUGAGGGUUGAACUAUCAACAGGCAUGCCUCGGAGAUCUUAUUUGGAUAGACCACCUGCCCGACAUCCCUUUGAUCCAAAUGAUAGAUGCUAUGAGUGUGGUGAAAAGGGACAUUAUGCUUAUGAUUGUCAUCGCUAUAGCCGACGAAGAAGAAGCAGGUCACGGUCUAGAUCCCAUUCGAGAUCCAGAGGUAGACGAUAUUCUCGCUCACGGAGCAAGAGCAGGGGAAGGAGGUCGAGAUCAGCAUCUCCUCGACGAUCAAGAUCUGUGUCUCUUCGUAGAUCACGAUCCGCUUCACUCCGACGAUCUAGAUCUGGUUCUAUAAAAGGAUCGAGAUCUCGGUCAAGGUCAAGAUCAAGAUCCAGGUCUAUUUCACGACCAAGAAGCAGCCGAUCAAAGUCCAGAUCUCCAUCUCCAAAAAAGAAGCCUUGUGAUGGAGAAUCAAAAAAAUAAAAAAGCAAGAUUGAAUGAUAAAGGAAGUGGAAGUAGCAGUAGCCGACCCUUUCAAGACAUAUGGACAGAAACAACAGAUCAUUGUGCACACUGUGUAAUGAAACGGUAGUAAGCAGACCGUGGAAUGUAAAGAGACAUUUUGAAACUAAUCAUUGUCAGCUAUUGAAAAAAAAUAUCGAUGAAAGGAAGGAAUACAUUUCUAGGCAGCUACACCUCAAUGAAAGUCAAUCAAAUUCCAUCAUUAAAUUUGUAAGAUGCUCUACAAAUUUAACAUCAGCAAGUUACUGUAUUGCUCUCUCCAUAGCUCAGCAUGGAAAAGCCCUCAGUGACGGAGAAUUUGUUAAGGAAACAUUUCUAAGAUGUGCACCAGCUCUAUUUUACAAUAUAUAAAUAAAGAUGAUAUUAUUAAAAGAAUUUCUGAGUUACCACUCAGUAGAAAUACUAUCAAAGACAGAAUAAUAGAUCUUAAAAAAAACGUACAACAUCAAUUAAAAAAAGACUUAAGUAGUUGUAAAUAUUUUUCUAUUUCUCUUGAUGAAACUACUGAUGUCACAUCAAAUGCUCGGUUGGCCAUUAUUGCUAGGUAUUCUGAUGGUCUCACAAUGAGAGAAGAGUUGUGUGUGUGUACUCAUUGUGGGAAGUCCUUCAGAGAUCGCAGUGCCCUCCUUGGACAUCAGGGCGUUCACAUUGGAUAUAAGCCAUUUGAGUGCACUGCUGUGGGGAGGCCUUCCGUUUAAGGUCUACCCUCAUUCAACACCACAGAGUUCACACUAGAGAAUAGCCAUAUGAGUGCAGAGCAUGUGGGAAGUCCUUCCGUCAAAGGUCUUGCUUCAGUAAACACCUCAGAAUUCACAUUGGUGAAAAAGCAUUUAAGUAGUUCAUGUGAGAAACGCUUUAGGUGCAGUAAUCAUCCCCUUAGCCACAAGAGCCUUUACAGUAGAGAAAUGCCAUGUGACUAGUGAUUGUGGGAAGUCUUUCAGCCAAAGAUCUAAACUCCUGGAAAACCCCGGAGUUCACACUAGGGAAAGCAUUAAAUGUGCCGGGAAUGUUGUAUUUUUUCUCACUUAGAAUGACGACGCUGAAGGAGACACUUGGCGUCGCAUUAACCGGAAUGUAAAUCCCUUACAAUGGAACAUACGCUGUUAGAUUCCUCCUCAGUUUC